GAUACUAUAUGUCUCCCUAAAGAAAAAGGAGGGUUGGGCAUCAAGAAUCUUAAUUUAUUUAAUCAAGCCUUACUUAGCAAAUGGAAAUGGAGAGGGAUUUGUGAACCAAAUUCUAGUUGGUCCAAGUUGCUUGCUUAUAGAUAUGGCUCUUUGUAUUCAAAUUUCUUGGAUCAGGUGGUUUGCGAAGGCAGAGGACAAUCGAUUUGGUGGCGUGAUUUAUUGAAGAUAGGCAGAGAAGAUAAUGGCGACUGGUUCCGAUCAAAUAUAAGUAAUGUGCUGGGACAAGGGAAUGCAAUUCGAUUUUGGAAAGACAAGUGCAGACACAGGUUUUGAACAUAAUGGAAAAUGGAUUUGGAAUAUUUGUUGGGCUGAAACAUUGUCUUCAACCGAGUCAGAUGAAGCAGAAGAAUUAUUGUAUUUGUUGGCCGAUAUUAGUCCUAAGCAGGACAAAUUGGAUAGCAUGAGAUGGAUACCAGAUCAUAGCGGUAAUUUUUCUGUGAAUUCGGCAUAUCAAUUCCUUCUAAAUAGUGUUGAAUCAAAUAUAGUAGAUGAGAAUGUUGUGCAUGCUUUGAAUCAGUUAUGGGUGAAUGAUGUUCCAUCAAAAGUAAAUGUUUUUGGUUGGAGGUUAUUAUUAGAAAGAUUACCGACCCGUCUGGCUUUGGUGAGGAAAGGAAUUAUUGUUAAUCAUCGUGAAUGGUGUUGUGCUUUUUGUUAUAGGGAAAAGGAAGACAUUAAUCAUUUGUUUUUUAAUUGCUCUUUCUCAAUACGUGUGUGGACGAAUAUUUUUAAGUGGAUGAAAGUGACUUAUAUUCAUUUUGAGGAGGUUUGGAGCCACUUCAACAGUUUUGGGGCUUUGGUGAAGAAUAAUAAAAAUGCUAAAGGUCGCCAUCUGAUUUGGUUAGCUACCACGUGGAGUUUAUGGCGUGCUCGAAACAACACAAUGUUUAGAGGAGUUGUUGCUAAUGUGUCUGUCAUAGUGGAUCAGAUUAUUUUUAUUACGUGGUUUUGGUUUAUAGGUCGUAUAGGGAACAAUUCUUGUUAUAAGUUCUCUGAUUGGUGUAUUGAUCCAUUAGCCUGCCUCCAUAGUAUAUAAUGGAGGUUCACCGAAUUGUAAGGGUUGAGUACACCUUAUACUCCUUAUAAUUCAAUUAUUUGCUUAUAAAAAAAAA